UUUUUCAGGUGAAAACGGAAAACUGGAAAACAUUCUCAUAGUAAGUUUCGUUUUCCUUUUCUCCAGCUUCUGUUUCUUCUCUUGUCGUCUCCUUCUUCUUCGACGGUCCAAAUCCGCAGCUGGAUAUCCUUUCUCCCGACAAAACUCUCGCAGGGGGUUUUGGGCUUUCCUCCUCCGUCUCCGAUUAGCAAUGGAUCCGCAAGAAAGGCAAUCUUUUGCCGAUGGAGAGGCCGAAGAUUUCAAGCCCUCCUCGGACCACGCCCACGGCUACAGAUCUCAACCUCACGCUGGAUAUGGAGCCAGCCCUGGAAAGAUUUUUAUAGGAGGUUUAGCAAGAGAGACGACUACUGCACAAUUUGUCAAGCAUUUCGGCAGUUAUGGCGAAAUUAUUGAUUCCGUUAUCAUGAAGGACCGUAAAACUGGGCAUCCCCGUGGUUUUGGGUUUGUGACUUAUGCAGAUCCAUCUGUGGUUGAUAAAGUCAUUGAGGACACUCACAUCAUUAAUGGAAAACAAGUGGAAAUCAAGAGGACGAUUCCAAAAGGUGCUGGUGGCUCUGAGGAUUUUAAGACAAAGAAGAUCUUUGUGGGUGGGAUCCCGGGAACUGUGACUGAAGAUGAGUUCAAGGACUUCUUCUCGCAGUUUGGAGAGGUGAAGGAUCACCAGAUAAUGAAAGACCAUUCCACAAACCGUUCUCGUGGCUUUGGGUUUAUUACUUUUGAGACAGAGGAAGCAGUUGAUGAACUCUUGGCUCAGGGCAAUAGGCUUGAGCUGGCAGGAUCGCAGGUGGAAGUCAAGAAAGCAGAGCCAAAGAGGCCAAACGCACCACCGCCCUCAUCAAGACGUUUCUCCAGUUCGAGAUCCUCAUAUGGUGGUGAUGUCAGCGACUCUUAUGGUGGUUAUGGUGGCUACCGCUCAGGUGGAGGAGCGUAUGGGGGAAGAGCCAGUGCAUAUGGGGGAUACGGUGGUGGGGCCGAAUUCGGUGGUGGGUAUGGUGGAUAUGGGGGUGGAGGAAUGGGCGGCCCUUAUAGAGGAGACCAGUCUAUGGGCUAUUCAAGUUGUUAUGGAGGAGGCCUGAAUCGAGGCUACAAUUUUGGGGGCUCUUAUGGUGGCGGUGGAGAUGGUUAUGGUGGCUAUGGUGGCAGCAGUGGUGGAGGAUAUGGUGCUGGAGGAUACGGUGGCAGUGCUGAUGGAGGAUAUGGCAGCGGCAGUGGUGGUAGUUAUGGCAGCGGUGCUGGCGGGGCAUAUGGUGGCAGUUAUGAUUCUGGCUUUGAAGGAGGUGGCGAGUAUGGAGGUGGUGGAGGAAACAGCUACUAUGGAGGCAGAGGCAGCGGCUACGGUGGUGGGAGCAGCGGUGGCGGAGGCAGCGGUUUUGGUGGCAGUGCAGGUGGCCGCUAUCACCCUUAUGGAAGGUAAAUAUAGUGCUAAUCCAAGUGGAACUAAUAAGACAGUAGGAUUCCCGUGGAAAUGUAUCAGUGCUUCUUCAUUUUUUUUUUUUUGUAUUUUUUUUGAUGCGUGUGGUAAACGGGCUAUUGAUAGACAGAUGUUUCUCUUCUUGUUCAUUUGGAGUGAAAUAAAUUCUAGCUUUUCAAUUUA